UGAGACAGGCCUCGCAAGGAGCAACCCUUUCGCAAGCCUGCCCCUCACAAAAUUUUUGUUUUCAUCUUCCAGGCUCUUCCUCAAACAGAGACUUCCCUUCUCUCCCGACAAUUGUGUCUUCUAUAACCACCACAACUCCAUCAUCACCCACCACCACUAAUGGCCAUUGCAGACCUUAGUUCUUAGUUUUGCAAAAUACCUCUUCUCAGACCUGAGUUCUUUGUUUAAAAAAAUUUUAGUUCUUGUGCUUGAAUUCUUUGUUUCCAGUCCAUCUCUUCCGUUCUUCCUGCAGAUGGAGGUGGUGACUGCUAUUGGAGGUGCCAUUCUCUCCGUUUCCUUUCAGGAACUGCUUGAUAGGUUGACGUCCAGGGACUUGCUGAAGUAUGCCCAAGAGGGGAAUGUCCUUGUUGAACUCAAGAAAUGGGAGAGGAUGUUGAAGAAAAUUUACUUGGUACUUGACGAUGCCGAGGAAAAGCAGUGGGAGAACCCAUUGGUCAAGAUGUGGGUAAGCGACCUUAGGGACUUGGCUUAUGAUGCGGAGGACGUUCUUGGUGAACUUGCAACUGAGGCUCAGCGACGCAAGCUGAAGGCGGCGCCCCUGGCCCGUGCAAGUAAGGUAUGGAAAAUCAUUUCUACUAUUUCUGCUUGUAUAAAUCCAAGUACAAUUCAGUUCAGUGCUGAGAUGGUUUCCAAGAUAGAGGGAAUCAGUACCCGAUUAGAUGAGAUCAUCAAAGAAAAAAAUAAUCUACAUAUAGCAGAGUCUAGAGGGAGUACUAGUCAAGUGAGAACAAGACUACCCACAACUUCUUUGGUGAAUGAAUCAAAGAUUUAUGGGAGGGAAAAGGAUAAGAGCGAAAUACUUGAACUGUUGAAGAAAGAAGCAACUGGUGGAAAUGUCUCAGUAAUUCCCAUAAUUGGUAUGGGGGGCAUCGGCAAGACGACUCUAGCUCAGCUCAUCUUCAAUGAUGCCACACUAGAGUUUGAUCUUAAAGCUUGGGUUUCUGUUGGUGAAGAUUUUGAUGUUCUUAGAAUGACCAAAACGAUUCUUCAAUCAGUGGGUUGUGAAGAUACAUGUGAUGACAGAGAUUUGAAUUUGCUUCAGAUAAAAUUAAAUGAAAAGUUGUCUCAGAAGAAAUUUUUGAUAGUGCUUGAUGAUGUUUGGACAGAAAGCUACGAUCAUUGGACUCUCUUUUGCAGUCCUUUUGAGCUAGGAGCAAUGGGAAGUAGAAUUAUUAUCACAACUCGCAAUGAAAGUGUCUCAUCCAUGAUGGGUACCAUUCGAGGUUAUUCUCUCAAGCAGUUGCCCAUUGAAGAUUGCCUGUCUGUAUUUGCCCAACAUGCUUUGGGAGCCCCAAAUUUUGAUGAGCACUUGGAAUUUGAAGAAAUAGGUAAAGAAAUUGUCAAAAGAUGUCAAGGAUUGCCUUUAGCAGCCAAGGCUCUUGGAGGCUUGUUGAGGGGUAACUCAAAUCGUAACGUUUGGGAGGAAGUGUUGAACAACAACAUUUGGGAUUUACCUAAUGAGAAAACUAACAUUCUUCCUGCUUUAAGGUUGAGUUAUCUUCGUCUUCCUUCCCAUUUAAAGCAGUGCUUUGCUUAUUGCGCAAUUUUUCCAAAAGAUUAUGAAUUCAAUCAGGAUGAGUUAGUUUUGUUAUGGAUGGCAGAGGGUUUUAUAAAUCAAUCCAAUAAGAUGAAACAAAUGCAAGAUGUAGGCUGCGAGUAUUUUCAUGAUUUAUUAUCUAGAUCGUUUUUUCAACAAUCUAGUAGUGAUAAAUCUUUAUAUGUAAUGCAUGAUCUGAUGAAUGAUUUAGCCCAAUCUGUCACUAAAGAAACAUGUUUUCAUUUGGGUGACAAGUUAGACAAUACAAAUUUAUGUGCAAAGAUUCGGCAUUCUUCAUUCAGUUCUCAUUGGCAUGACACAUGGCAGAGAUUUGAAGGCUUUCACAAAGUGAUGGGUUUGCGAACGUUCUUAGCAUUGCCAAUCAUGAAAGGAUUACAUGGUAAAAGCUACAUAAGUAGUAAGGUUUUACAAGACUUGGUGCCAAAGUUAAAGUGCUUGAGGGUGUUAUCACUGUCUGGUUAUCACAUUGUGGAGUUGCCAAAUUCUAUUGGUGCCUUAAAGCAUUUAAGGUAUCUCAAUGUAUCUUACACUGCAAUUAAAAAAUUGCCGGAGUCGGUGACUGAACUAUUCAACUUGCAAACAUUAAUAUUAUGUGGGUGCCAGUAUCUUACUAAGUUACCCUCAGGCAUCGGCAAUUUAAUUAACUUGCAGUGCCUUGAUAUUACUGGUACCGAUGAACUGAAGGAGAUGCCACUACAAAUUGGUAAUUUGGCAAAUCUCCACACUCUGACCAAGUUUACUGUGGGAGAAGACAACGGACUCAAGAUAAUAGAGCUGAAGAAUUUUCCUCAUUUGUCUGGGCUGCUUCACAUUUCAGGGAUAGAAAAUGUGCUAAACAUUCGAGAAGCAGAGUUUGCCAGUUUAAAGGACAAGCAUCGCCUAGAACAACUAGACUUAGAAUGGGCUAUUGAUUCCUCCAGUUCCAGAAAUCCAAGUGAUGAAGUGCAGGUUCUCAACUCAUUACGGCCUCCUCAAAAUCUAUUACGGCUUUCAAUUAAAUCAUUUGGUGGAACUGAAUUCCCAUCGUGGAUAGCAGCAUUCACAAAAAUUGCAAGGCUAGAACUUUGGAACUGCAGCAACAUCACGUUAUUACCACCAUUUGGACAAUUACCCUCACUUGAAGAGUUGAGUAUGCGAGGCAUGAAUGGAGUGAAGAGAGUGGGCAUGGAGUUUUAUGGGGAUGGUUCAUCUUUUACUUCUCUUAAGACUUUAACUAUGGUGGAUAUGUUGGAGUUGGAGCAAUGGUCUUGGUCUCAUGAUCAGAAUGGGGAGGCUUCAGUAACACUUCCUAUUCUACAUAAGCUUAAAUUGCGAAAUUGUCCGAAACUUGUUAGUGAAUUGCCCAACUGUCUACAAUCUCUGCAAGAACUGUCAAUUGAAUUCUGUCAAGAGGUUGUUCUUAGAAAUCUGUCUGAUCUCACAUCUCUUGCUACCUUGCAUAUUGAUAACGUCUUUGGUCUUGUAAGUUUACAUGAAGCUCACAUAGAGGAGUUGGUGGCACUUAAAGAAUUGAUGAUUUGUCUUUGUUAUGAAUUGAAGUAUUUGUGGAAGGAUAGAACUAGUUUAGACAAGAUUGUUCAUCUAAAGCAUUUAGAGAUUAGGAGCUGCGAGCAACUGGUGUCAUUGGUAGAGGGAGAGGUAGGGCAAUUACCUUGCAAUCUUCAAACUUUUAAGAUAUCUUUUUGUCCUAAUUUGGAGAAUCUGCCAAAUGGGCUGCACAGCCUCACAGCUCUAAGAGAUUUGGAAAUCAUCUCAUGUGUUAAACUCUUUUCGUUCCCAGCAACAAGAGUGCCAUGCAGUCUGAGACGUCUCUAUAUUGAUACAUGUAGUUCUCUGGAGUCUCUGCCCGAGGGUGUUGUGGGUGAUGUUAACGACAUUAACCAGAGCUCUCAGCUUGAGGAAUUGGGAAUCAGGGGAUGUAGAUCUUUGAGUUCCUAUCCAAAUGGCAAGUUUCCUGUUUCGAUUAAGACUCUUGAUAUCAGUUAUUGUAAUUGGUCGACACAGUUAUUAGAGUCAGUAUUCCAUGGUUUAUCUCAUCUCGAAAAGCUAAACAUAGAAGACUGUCCACAAUUAGAGUCCUUCCAAGAAACAGGAUUGCCUAGCCACUCCCUUAUCUCUUUAAUCAUCUCCCGAUGCAAGAAUUUUAGGUCACUGCCUAAUCAGAUGCAAAACCUCACUACUCUCAAAUUAUAUAAUUGUAGAGGUCUGGUAUCCUUUCCAGAAGAGCGAAUGCUACCAAACCUAACCUGUCUUUUCAUCUAUAACUGUGGAUGCCUAGAGUCCUUUCCUCAAGGGGGAUUGCCACCAAACCUAACCAAUCUUUCCAUCUGGGAUUGCAACAAUCUGCAACAGCCAAUGACAGAGUGGGGACUCCACAAACUCGCCUCUCUUAGAAGCUUGGAAAUAUAUGGCAUAAGUCCAAGUACAAAUAUGUUUGAUUCCUUUCCAAAUGAUGAUGGCCUACUGCUUCCCACUUCAUUGACCUAUCUUCAGAUUGGAAAAUUCGACAAUCUGAAAUCCAUCUCUAGAGGACUUCAAAAGCUCACCUCUCUGCAAAUGAUAAUAAUUACUAAUUGCCGAAAUCUCCUGUGGUUGCCAGAGGAGGGCUUCCCUGCUACAAUUGAACAUCUAUGUAUCUAUAAUUGUCCUCAUUUGGAAGUACGGUGCUCAAAAGACAAAGAAGAUUAUUGGCCUAUCAUUUCCCACAUCCCUCGCGUAGCCUGCUUCAAUUAUUGUCAAUGAUGGUACAAUCAUGGGCAUUACAUUGAUGAGAGAGGAAAGCUGAGUAAUAUUAGAUGGAGGCAUGGGGCUGAUGGAUGUGUGUCUUGAACUUCAUCAACCAAGGAGCAUCAACCUGAUACAGAGAUUGGCAAGUCCUUUUUAGUGCUGAUAUUAGUUUCCAUUGAGCAUACUCUUGGUUUAAUUUAACCCAUGAUCUGGAACUUUGACACUUGUAUAUUGCCUGUCCCUUACAGCCACUUGGACAAUGAGCCUCACUUGAAGAGUUGAGCAUUCGAGGCAUGAAUGGAGUGAAGAGAGUGGGCAUGAAGUUUCAUGGGGAUGGUUCAUCUUUUGCUUCUCUUAAGACUCUUGUCAAGGAUAUGUUAGGGUGGUAGCAAUUUUCUUGAUCCCAUGAUGAGAACGAGGAGGUUGAUUGGUACUACAAUUUUUCAUCAGCAUUUCUUUUCAUCUUCAUUUGCCAAAGUAAAUUAAAAGUCAGGUUCAUGCUAUAGUUCAAGAUGGGCAUGGGUUUGCAUGUUUUGGACUCCCCUCCCUCUGGUACCCUCCCGUGGCUCCUACAUGAUUCGAGUGUUGUUCCUACUUGCGUCUGUGUUCAGUAGUUCGUCUCGAGUAUUGUCACCCUAAAUUUAUCACUCCAUCAUUGAUAAUUUACAACUGAUAAAUUAAAAAAUUCUUUUAUUCCAAA